AUGAAUAACAAGUCUAUCAAUUUAAACACGGGUCCGCCGCGGGUCGGCGGUGGCGGCGGCUCCGGGACUGUGGAUCAUGAACUCGUUAUCACCUCUACUUUCGGGACGCUUCUCUCCGUUGUCUAUAUAAUCGGAGUGUCGGGGAAUGUGUACACACUGGUGGUGAUGUGUCACUCGAUCCGCUUCGCCACUUCCAUGUACAUCUCCAUCAUCAACCUGGCUCUGGCGGACCUGCUCUACCUUUCCACCAUCCCCUUCGUGGUGUCCACCUACUUCCUAAAGGACUGGUACUUCGGGGAUGUGGGCUGCCGCAUCCUGCUCAGCCUGGACCUCCUCACCAUGCACGCCAGCAUCUUCACCCUCACUGUCAUGUGCACGGAGCGCUAUCUUGCCGUCACCAAGCCGCUGGACACGGUGAGACGCUCCAAGAGUUACCGCAAAGCUCUGGCGUGGGGUGUAUGGCUGCUCUCUCUGUUCCUCACGGUGCCCAUGAUGAUAAUGGUCGCCCAGACCACUAAGAACACGCCGGACGGGGGUGUGAAGAGGAUGUGCGCGCCCACCUGGGCGCCCAUGGCUUACAAAGUGUACGUGACCGUCUUGUUUGGCACCAGCAUCAUGGCACCGGGGCUCAUUAUCGGUUACCUGUACGUCAAGUUAGCCCGCACUUACUUAGAGUCCCAGCGCAACUCUGUGAUCAGCAAAGGCAGCAAGCGAUCACCUAAGCAGAAGGUGCUGAUAAUGAUCUUCACCAUCGUGCUGGUCUUCUGGGCUUGUUUCCUGCCGUUCUGGAUCUGGCAGCUGCUGCCUCUGUACCACGCCAAGCCGCUGAGUCUGGCCUCGCAGACACACACCUGCAUCAACUACCUGGUGGCGAGCCUCACUUACAGCAACAGUUGCAUCAACCCUUUCCUCUACACGCUCCUCACCAAGAACUACAGGGAAUACCUGAAGAACAGGCACAGGAGCUUCUACAGGUACACGUCCUCGUUUAAGCAGCGGCCACCCAGCCUCUACUCAUCGGGGAAGUCUGCAUCCUCCAGCAAUCAGUUUGAGUUCAACUCCGAGACGCUGGUCAUGGGGACGCUGAAGUGA